UGAGACGUCCUCCAUCUCUGAUUGACUCAGACUGGAGUGUAACCAGGGAGACUUGCGCGUGACGACCUGCUGCUGCUGCUGCUGACUCUCAGUCCCGGGUGGAAGUCAGAUAAGUAGCGCUGUGACACCUGGAGAGAAGAACCACAGCCAUCCAUUCAAAAUGAAAGUGGAUAUGUUGUUACCCGUGUCAACAAUCGUCAGUGUUGCGUUAUUCGCCUACAUGAAAUCAGGGCUAAAGGACCGGGAAAAAGAGGAGAGACGCCUCAGGUUCCAGGACAUUAAGCUGCGAGUGACGUUCGACGUGCUCCAAGAGUACCAGAAGGACAGCUCCGUCAUCCAGGAGCAGCUGAAUCGAGCCAUGGAACAGUACAAUCCCCAGGAGGAAGAGCUGAAAAAUCUCCAGAUGAAGCAGCGGCAGACGAAGGAUAAUCUGGAGAUCUGUCAGUCGAGCGUGAAAGAGGCAUUGGAUGCCCUAGCGAUUGCAGAGACAGAAUUCAAUGACGUAAAAGCGUUGCUUGAUAAGGAGGCGGCUGAAUGGAACACGGAGGCAGAGCCACUGAAACAGCAGCUACAGGCACGGAGUCCAGUGUGUGACCACGUGAAGGAAGAAUCAAAAGAAGCAGCAAGCAAGUGGUGUAACAUGAAGCAAAAGGAGGAGCCCCCCAAGCCAGAGGAGCCUAAACAGGAGGCGCCCAAGCCAGAGGAGCCUAAACAGGAGCCCCCAAGCCAGAUGAGCUUAAACAGGAGGGCCAAGCCAGAGGAGCCUAAGGCCAGAGGAGCCUAA